GAACACAUGCUCUUUGCUAAUUGCUCUAAAAUUAUCCCUUCGCUUCCAGGGCGUCGCGUAUCGUGCUCGGUUCAGAGAUCGAUACAUAACAUACAUAAAGAGACAAUAUAUUUAACCUAUGCGUACACUUUCUGUAUAUCUCUAUAUCCAUGUCAGAGUAACCGACGAAGAAGAAAAGAUCGAGAGGUGAGCCUUCUGGAUUUGGGCUCUAUAGAUAAGCGUAUACACAACAUAGAGAAUUCCGUGUGUAUUCUUUCUCCAUAAACCCUUCAAACCUUUUUCCAAAUUUUCCUUGUUUUCCCCUCAAUUUUGCUUCCGAUUCUACAAUCAUGGUUUUGCUAUCACAUUCAAAACCCCCUUUUCUGUGCGAAUUUCGGGGAAUUUGACUGAUAUUUCCAAGGGUUUUUGCGUUACCAUAAAUAUACGAUACACCUAUAUCUUUUUUCAUUUCCUCUUGGUUCUUUUUGAAUGGGCGAUCUUGCUAUGGAAGAGGAUCGCCCGUUUUCGCCCACGUUUGCCGCACCAUUGUCUAAUCCGGAUCCGAAUUCGAUUCGGGCGGAGACUUGGGUUUUAGCUGAAGACCCGGUUCGGGAAGUGUUGAAUUGCAUCCACCCGACUUUGGAUUCUGAUGAGAAGAGGAAAGACGUGAUUGAAUACGUGCAGAAGCUCAUCAGAUGCAAUCUCCGAUUAGAGGUAUUCCCAUAUGGUUCAGUGCCACUCAAGACUUAUCUGCCUGAUGGAGACAUUGAUCUAACAGUCCUUAGUACUCCUAACUUGGAUGAAAAUUUGCCUCGUGAAGUUCUUCGUGUUCUUCAAGAAGAAGAGCAGAAUGGAAACACUGAGUUUAUACUGAAGGAUACCCAAUUCAUCGAUGCUGAGGUGAAGCUCGUGAAAUGCCUUGUUCAAGACAUUGUCAUAGAUAUAUCAUUUAAUCAGCUGGGUGGACUUUGUACAUUGUGUUUUCUUGAACAGGUUGAUCGCCUUGUUGGCAAAGAUCAUCUUUUUAAACGCAGUAUUAUUUUGAUAAAAGCAUGGUGUUACUAUGAAAGUCGUAUACUUGGGGCUCAUCAUGGGUUAAUUUCUACUUAUGCAUUGGAAACUUUAGUCCUAUACAUAUUCCAUGUCUUCAAUGCAUCUCUAAAUAGCCCCACAGAGGUUCUCUACAGAUUUUUGGAUUAUUAUAGCAAGUUUGACUGGGAUGAAUAUUGCAUUAGUUUGGAUGGUCCGGUUUCCAAAUCUUCAAUGCCUGACUUUUCUGCAGCUGAAACCCCAGAAAACCAAGGAACGGAUGUUUUGCUAACUGGGGAAUUCAGGAAGAAUUGUAUGGACAUGUUCAUAGUGCCUUCUAAGGGGCUUGAGACAGAUCAACGAGCUUUUACCCUAAAGCAUCUCAACAUAAUUGAUCCCUUGAAAGAAAACAACAAUCUUGGACGUAGUGUCCACAGAGGAAAUUAUUAUCGGAUACGGAGUGCAUUUAGAUUCGGGGCUAAAAAACUGGGUCGGAUUCUCGAAUCAAACAGCAAUAUGAAUAUCGGAGAUGAAAUCAAAAAGUUUUUUACAAACACAUUGCAAAGGCACAAACCGAAAUACGGGCCCGGCUUUACAUACGGUGGUGUCAAAGGGCUUGGCAAUUUGUCCAUAUCGUCCCUGAGUGAAGCUGCUUAUUACGAGGAUGACAUGUAUUCGAGAUUCUCAAAUGGCGAUUUUGAUGACAAGGAUUAUCCCAUUCCCAACUUAGCUGAAAACAAGGUGUCGGAUCUUGAGCUAUGGAUGGAAAGAAGCGAGUCCCAGAUCGUGGAUGGAGAUACCCUUUGCUUAUGUUUCGAUAAAAACGGGUCGGUGGAAAACGGGUCGGAUAAUUUGUCGAUUGGGGAAACGGAGUUAUUGAACCCGUUUUCGGAUCUUACAGGGGACUAUGAUGCACAUAUAAGGAAUCUGUUAUAUGGUCAAGGCUGCCAUGGUUAUGCCUUGUCUACAUCUAUGGUUCGGGCCACUCCCACUCCCAGUCCUCCUACUUCACCUUAUGAAAAAAAGAACCACCCGUGGGACCCACCACGCUCCGUAAUGCCCUUCCAGCCAAACACAAAUGGUGUAGUGAUGGGACACCCGGCCCCACAGUAUCUCAGUUACCAGCCCAAUGCUGCGUUACGUGGGACCGGGCUGUACAUCCCUGUUAUGAAUAGCAGUAAUUCAUCAACUAAGGAGAAACGGUCACCUACAAGAGGGGGAAGAGGAGGAGGUAGGAGCCGUGGGCCACCACCGUCCAAUGGUCAGGUGCCACGUGGUCGGGGUGGUGAAACCAAAAUGGUAGUGGAACCUAAUAAUAAUAAUCAAAUACGGUCUCCAAGACAAGGUGGACGUGUUGACCAGGUCAACGGUGGUAUUGUAAACCAACCAAGGAAACUCGAGUUUGGAUCUUUUCGGUCUAUCCCAGAGACUCCACAAACCCCAAAAAAACUGGAUGCGAAUGCCACAAAACAGGGAAGGAUCGGAGAGAAUUCAUUCCAUCUCAAGAACGAAGACGAGUUUCCUCCUUUAUCUUCCUAGAGAACAUGUAUAAAAAAAGAAGGAAAGCGGGAUAAGUUUUAGAUAUAUGCUGCUAAUAUAACUGAUCUUAGGAAGGAAAUCGAACCUUUUUUCCUAGUUUUGAGUUCGGGUUAUCUAUGGAACGUUUUGUUUUGUUUUUUUUUUUUUUUUUGGGUUGUUGUGGUAUAAUGUAGAGAGAUAAGAGAGGGUUAAAAAAGGUCGAGAAGUUGAAAAAAGGAGACUUUUGUUGACUAUGUUUUCUAGUGGGUUGGUUUUUUGUGCUUAUGUCAGCUGCCUUAACUGCUGGUUUUGGUUUUGAAACUUGAACCCCUUUUUAGUUUUUAUUAUUAAGUUUGUAAAUUAUUUGUAAAA